UGUCCCAGAUAAACUACUCAGACAACAACAAAAGGAGAGCUCAAAGAAAUAUGUGGCAGAGUCUUCAUGUUGGUAUGAAAUAUGCGCCUCCUCUCCUUUGGGAGCUGUGCUGACAGAGCAGUGGGAGACGUUCUGUUGGGCCUUCAUGAUUUAAGGAUGUUCGGCAGCGGCACCAAGAAGUGGUUUGUGAAAAAGCAGAAGAAGCAGCAGAAAUCUGGCAAGAGGCCAUGCAGCAGGAAGAGGAAGAGAUGGGCGGCUAAGAUCCUCAAAGAACACAGAGAGCAGAUCCUCCGUGAGCUGGAUGUCAGCGCCGUGCUGCCUUACCUGGUGUAUGAUAAGGUCUUCUCACUGGUGGAGUACAAGGAGAUCCUGGGGCAGGAGACCAGCAGGGGACGAGCAGAGGUGUUCCUAAAUCACCUGUCCUCCAAGGGGCCCGCUGCUUUCUCCUCAUUCUGCUCCGUUUUGGAGGAGGUGUGUCCCCGCCUGCUUACCUGCUUCCUGUUGGACGGAGAAGAUGGAGUCCCAGUACGGAGCAGGAAAGCGUGGCUCUCUGCGCCCCCAAACAGUCCAGCAGAGCAGCCUCUGUGUCCCCCGCCAAUGUACACAGAUCCUGUGUUCGACACAAGGUGAGACCCCCCCCCCACACCCCUAAAUA